AGGAGCGCGCACAUAUACACAGACACCCGGGAAAACCGAACCAGGACCUUCAUAUACCCGGGAAAAUCGAACCAGGACCUUCAUAUACCCGGGAAAACCGAACCAGGACCCUCAGCGCGCUGGAAAAUCACUAAAACUGGAGAAAUCCGUAUUUAUUUACAGCCAGCUUUACUGUAGCGCUGUACAGAGAAGCACAGCUGGAGGACUGAUCUAACAUACUGUAGGUUGAGUUACCUGUGUGGAAUCUGCGGAGAUAUUCUUGCACUAAAUUAUUUGAGCUAAAUCUACAAGAGGUGGAAUCUAUCUGCCGUUCUUAUGGAUUAAUUUGCCUUCUUUCCUGCAUUCUGGUCGGACCGUUUCUCCUGUACAGUCUACUGCUGACUCAGGUGGAAAAUGUCCAGCACCUUACUAAACGGCCAGCACUUAACCCAGCUCCCCCAAACGAGCCCCAACAAAUCAGCAGCAGCUAAUGAGAAGAAAACGGGUGUGUUUGUGGAACCGCAGACACCCGGGAAAACCUCGGGGAAAUCUGCCCCUCUGGAAAAUCUGAAAAUAAUGGGUCCCCUAACAACGCCCACUAAAGGCCCGGACGCUCCUACAGGGGAGCCCUGGACCCCUACUUCUAAUCUAAAGAUGCUGAUCAGUGCGGCUAGCCCCGAGAUACGUAACCGUGAGAAGGAAAGAAGUGCAGACAACAUAAAGGCAGACGAAACAGAAUGCUCUUCUCAGGAGCCCGAGCUGGGUGAGGAAUCAGAGAAGCUGCAUCUCAGCCGGAAGGAGAAGAGUCUCGGUUUGCUUUGCCACAAGUUUCUGGCUCGAUACCCAGACUACCCGAAUCCAGCCAUCAACAACGACAUCUGCCUGGACGACGUCGCUACUGAACUAAGUGUGGAGCGCCGUCGUAUCUACGACAUCAUGAAUGUUCUGGAGAGUCUGCACAUGGUCAGCCGGCUGGCCAAGAACAGAUACACGUGGCACGGGCGGGCAAAGCUGGCGCAGACGCUGGCGGCCCUGUGGCGGGCUGGCGAGGAGAACCGGUACGGUCAGCAGAUGCUGCAGCUCAAACAGAAGAACCUGGAUCAGGAGUUUGAGCUGGACGGAGAGGAGAAGGAGAACGAGGAGGAGGCAGAGGGACAGAAGGAGCUGAGCUUCAUCUCUGAAACCGCAGGGGACGCCAAAACAGCCGGCAGCCGGAAGGAUAAAUCACUGCGGGUGAUGAGUCAGAAGUUUGUGAUGUUGUUCCUGGUGUCCAGUCCUCGGGUGGUCAGUCUGGAGAUUGCAGCAAAAAUCCUGAUUGGAGAAGACCAGGUGGUGGACCAGGACAAAAGCAAGUUUAAAACGAAGAUCCGUCGACUGUACGACAUCGCUAAUGUCCUGAGCAGCCUGGAGCUGAUUAAGAAGGUGCACGUGACGGAGGAUCGAGGGAGGAAACCAGCGUUCAAAUGGACCGGCCCAGAGGAUCUCCCUUCACCACAGGAUGUGGAGAUUGCUACAGUAACAGCGAGCUCUUUAUCCUCUCGGCCGCUGGAGUCCCGCUCCUCGCUGGAUAACUGCACUAAAAACCUCUUCUGCUCCCCCGGAACCAAGCGGGGCUUCACCCGCCACCACUCGCUCGUCAAACUGGCCAAGAGCAUCCAAGACGACCGCCGCAAGAUAAACUCCGCCCCCACCAGCCCCAUCAAAAUGACCAGUGAAGCAGUAAGUGGAGGGCUGGCUCACCUGGCAGCGAUCUGUAAAAUGCAACUGGAUAAGCAGACUGUGAAUAUUCCUCAAACACCAAACCCAGAAGACGCUGUAGACGUUUGUGAGGACACUUUGUUCACAUCUGCUGGAGCUUCUACAGCUGCACCCGGAGAAUCCAGACCCGCCUGCCCACCAGGGGUGCAUUUUCCUGUGCUGCCAGCAGGGGCAGUCUCAUACCUGCCCUCUCCCUGCUCCUCAGUUAUACCUGUACUGCUGCCCCAGCCCCAGGUGGGCCGGUCCUAUGCCCUCUAUGUUCACCACGCCCCUGCCAGGCCACACCCCUCGCUCAGACCGCCUCCCACAAGCCUGGUUGUGCGCUCCAUGACCUUUGAAAGCCCAGGGGGACCCAGCCACAAAGUGUCGCCAGCUGCAGCUCCAGCGGGUCAGGCGGCUCAGGGUCACGACUGUGCCAGCCCUUCUCUGAAACGGGCAUGUGCAGAACCAGCGCCGGAGGGAAGUCCGUCCAAGAUCAAACGUGCUGAGAGCAGUUCCCCAAAGCUGGGUGAGAUUCUGAAGGCUCGUCUGAAGGCUCGACGGGGGGCGCUGAAGUCCAGCCGACCCUCCUCGAGAGCGCUGCACCUGGACCCCGAGUUCACCAAACCCCCUGAACCACGUUCUGCCCCUCUGGACCAGAGCCUGGAGAACUUUUUGGAGAAGGAAGAGAAACUGCAGGCCGAGAGCAGAGAGACGACACUGACUCCAACACCAUCCAGACACACACAGAAAAUUACCCCCAACGGACCAGAGAUACAGCCUGGACUCACACACUCAGAGACUUUAUUACCCACAGGUUACUUGAUUCCUAUCCCUCAGCCUCCUCUGCUCAGCUCCAGCGAAGCUCCAAAAACCUCCACACCCACAUACAACAUCUACCACACGCCAACUGCAGGCUCUAGACCUCCCCCUCCUCAGGAGUUUACCCCCACUGGUCUCCAUUUGCCCCGUGUACCUCCCCUCUCCCCUUUUUCUCCCACCCCAAGCCCCUCCAUCCUCAACUUCACCCUGCAGAACCUGGGCCUGAUUCCCAGUCCCUCCACACCCACACCAACCCACGCUCCCUGUGGAGUGAGUCUGGAGCCCCCCGGCCCUGCCGCUCCCCCCGGGAUGAUAUUCGUUAAGCCAGUUUCUCCAGCAGGGACACUGCAGCAUGGAGCUCUACACGGCCAGCCCGUCACCUUCAUCAGCCUGCAGCAGCCGCUCCUGACCACACCCAAAGGCCGUCCUGCUCUUCAGCACACUUUCUUCCACACCCCAGUCUCCUCACUGCCCACCAUCACCACACCCACAGCCCCAAAAACCCUCUACAUCCCCCAGAGGAAGCUGGAGGUCAGCUCAGAGGACUCUUAGGAUAUUCCAGUCUCAUAUUGGGGCGCCACAUUACGCGGUGUAUCUGCUGCAAAUCCACUAACUUUUACCUGAGCCUGUGUGUGUGUGUGUGUGUGUGUUUAAUUAUUUGGUUGGUACUGUAGGUUCUGCUUUAUCUUUAUGCCUCUACAGUUCUGGUGUUUUCACGGCAUGUUUGGACUUUAAGACUGGUGCUGUUUAACCAGACAUGAUCAACUGGGUUUACUCUGAGCCUCAAAGCCCACCGCACAGAACACUGUAAUCCAAAAGACUUGACUUAUCAUUUGGUCCACUAGCACACUGUGUUAUGGGUUAGCUUUGUAAAAAAGACAAAAUGCUGUACAAGAACUCUGUACAAGAGUAAAAAGUGUGCUUUAUGUUUCAGUUCCAGUAUUUCAGGGAUUUUGUACCAAAUGUAUAAAAACGUCAGGAAAAAGAGGUCAUCUCGACACUGGUGCUACACGUACCCUAAAAUAUUACCCUGCCAUGAUUAUGGUGCUGUGCUAUAUGUUGAUAGGAGAGAACAGUGUGGGGUAAUAAAGUAUUAAAGAGGAUUAAUAAACUGUAGUGGUCUUACAGCUGUGUAUAUUGUUUGUUUGUGUCUAUAUCCCAUGAAACUGGGACUGUAUGCAAAGAGUUAUGAAUGUGCAUUAAAUAUUGCUAAUCAUUUAAAAAAUAAUAAUUGAUCAUUAUAUGGAGUCAAUUAUUAAUUAAAACCUUUUUAUGAUUUUUAA